GUCUAAGCCUAACUUGUAACCUCGUCUCUUGAAUUUCUGGGACAAAGACUUUUUACUAUCUCACCCACAUAUAUAGCUUCCUUGGAACCUCCGGUUUCCUUCUGCCCUUCGAUCAGUUCGUCUCGGGAAACACUUCAUACCACUUUUCUUUUUCUAUUUUCUAUCCAAGAUGAGCAAAGGCAAGCUCACCGGCGCCGAUGUCGCCCAGCACAACUCCCGCGACUCUUGCUGGGUCAUUGUCCAUGGAAAGGCGUACGAUGUGACCGAGUUCUUACCAGAGCAUCCCGGCGGCCAAAAGAUCAUCUUGAAGUACGCAGGCAAGGAUGCGACCGAGGAAUUCGACCCUAUCCACCCUCCGGACACUCUAGACAAAUACCUCGAUGGCUCUAAGCACCUGGGAGAGGUUGAUAUGAGCACUGUCGAACAAGAAGAGAAGGUUGCCGACCCCGAAGAAACAGAACGGCAAGAGCGGAUCAAGCGGAUGCCCCCGUUGCAAGCAUGCUACAACCUGAUGGACUUCGAGGCAGUCGCCCGGGAUGUGAUGAAAAAGACCGCAUGGGCAUACUACUCUAGCGGUGCCGAUGAUGAAAUUACUAUGCGUGAAAACCACUCUGCCUUCCACAAGAUCUGGUUCCGUCCUCAAAUCCUCGUUGACGUGGAGAAUGUUGACUUCUCGACUACAAUGCUCGGAGCGAAGACCUCGAUUCCCUUCUACGUGACCGCCACUGCUCUCGGAAAGCUGGGUAACCCUGAGGGUGAAGUGGUGCUCACUCGCGCUGCCCACGACCACGAUGUCAUCCAGAUGAUCCCCACAUUAGCUUCCUGCUCCUUUGACGAGAUCGUGGACGCCAAGAAGGGUGACCAGGUACAAUGGCUGCAGCUUUACGUGAACAAGGACCGCGAAAUCACCAAGCGCAUUGUUCAGCAUGCUGAAGCCCGCGGCUGCAAGGGUCUAUUCAUCACCGUAGACGCCCCUCAACUCGGCCGCCGUGAGAAGGAUAUGCGUUCCAAAUUCUCUGACGAGGGCUCCAACGUCCAAGCCAGCGGAGGCGAUGCCGUUGAUCGCUCCCAGGGUGCCGCCAGGGCCAUCUCGUCGUUCAUCGACCCCUCUCUUUCCUGGAAGGAUAUUCCCUGGUUCCAGUCCAUCACAAAGAUGCCCAUCGUCCUGAAGGGUGUCCAGCGCGUCGAAGACGUCCUCCGUGCCGCCGAGAUGGGUCUGGACGGUGUCGUCCUCUCCAACCACGGCGGUCGCCAGCUAGACACCGCGCCCUCUGGCGUCGAGGUCCUCACAGAGGUUAUGCCCAUCCUCCGAGAGCGCGGCUGGGAGAACAAGAUCGAGAUCUUCAUUGACGGCGGUGUCCGUCGCUCCACAGAUAUUCUGAAAGCCCUGUGCCUGGGCGCCCGUGGUGUCGGUAUCGGACGGCCAUUCCUGUACGCCAUGUCCACGUACGGCCAGGCCGGUGUGGACCGCGCGAUGCAGCUUCUCAAGGACGAGAUGGAAAUGAACAUGCGCUUGAUCGGAGCCACCAAGAUUGCAGACCUCAACCCCAGCCUGAUCGAUGUCCGUGGCCUGAACAGCGGUCAUCAUGCUUCUGUUCCUUCGGACACCUUGACCCUCCGUGCCUAUGAUCCUCUCCAGGCACCUCGGUUUAGCGAGAAGGCUAAGCUGUAGUGGUUGAAAAUUUCAUUCUUGGCUUCCUUUAUUUUUGCAUGUUCCUUCACGUGAAGCUUGUUUUGCGGUUAUGUUGUUGACGGUCGUUGGCUGAUAGAUUCGCCACUUAGCCGAUUGUAUAUACCCCAUCGUCAGACGUGGUCCGACGAUAUAUGAUGGUGAUUCCUGUACAUUUAGUGAAAAGAUGUUACGCACUACCAGACAUAUAGACAUGAUGUCUGGGUUAUAAAUAUAAACAUAAAGAAUACAUCUUAAGAUUAAACAAC